GAGCGCGCGGAGGCGCUGCCGGGAGGCCCUGAGCCAGGCGGCGGCCUCGCCGUGCGGGAGCGGAGCGGGCGGCGCCCCCGGCCGCGCUCGGCCCCGGCCACGCUGGCGCCCGGGGACCCUCCCGAAAUGCCGGUGCGGAGCGAGCGGUGCCGCGCGGGCGGGGCGGCGGGUUCGGCCUCCUCGGCGCCCUCCGGAGCGGCCGCCAGCAGCCUGGUGCCGCCGCCCCCCAUCAACACGGCGCAGCCCGGCGUGGCCACCUCGCUGCUCUACAGCGGCGCCAAGUUCCGCGGGCAGCAGCGCAGCAAAGGCAACGCCUACGAGGUGGAGGUCGUCAUGCAGCAUGUGGAUAUGGAAAACUCCUAUCUCUGUGGAUACUUGAAGAUUAAAGGCCUUACAGAGGAAUACCCAACCCUCACCACUUUCUUUGAAGGGGAAAUAAUCAGUAAAAAGCACCCUUUCUUAACGCGCAAAUGGGAUGCUGACGAAGAUGUGGAUCGUAAACACUGGGGGAAGUUCCAAGCUUUUUACCAGUAUGCAAAAACAUUUAACUCUGAUGAUUUUGAUUAUGAGGAUCUGAAAAAUGGGGACUAUGUCUUCAUGAGAUGGAAGGAACAGUUCCUAGUCCCAGAUCACACUAUCAAAGACAUCAGUGGUGCUUCCUUUGCUGGUUUCUAUUACAUCUGCUUCCAGAAGUCAGCAGCAUCUAUAGAGGGCUAUUACUACCAUAGGAGUUCAGAAUGGUAUCAGUCAUUGAAUUUAACUCACGUUCCUGAGCACAGCGCUCCUAUCUACGAAUUCCGGUGACAACCUGUCCAGAACUGAUACUGCACGGACGCAAAGUGGGCAGGAGAGCAUGGCCUGCCAGGAGAACUGUGUCCCCGUCACAGCAUGGGAAUGCACGCUUCUCUCCUGCCCCUCGGACUCGUGAGAGAGAGAGAGAGCCUGAACGUUAACCCACCCAGCCCAAGGAGCGUGGCUGCUGGAGCCACUCCUGUCGAGUGGCGAUUUGAUCUUUAAUCUGGUUUUGAGCUACCUUUAAAUGCACUUUCUUAUUGCACAGCUAGUUUCUCUAUCACUGAAAUUCUGCCCAGCUCUCCUCUGGAAGCUGUUUCUCAGUAGCUGGGAAUCAGUGGUUUAUCCUCUGAGUAAUAAGAAAAUAUAAGCUCAGCUCUUAUAUUUUCCUUGUUACAGUCUGAUAAUGGGUUGAAAUCGCCAGGAUUCAGGUUUGUUGCCCAUAUUACCAGCUCUGAUGCUCCCGUGUGUGAGGCUCUGCGUGGCGGAGCGCUGCUCGGCUGCAGGGGCUGUUUGAGGGGGUGUUGGCUGAGAUGGAUGAGGCUUGAACGAGUCUUUGCUUGGCACUGGCUAACAAGGUUUAGCCAGAGCUGCAGAGCUUGCAGGAACGCCAGCCCUUUGGAGCUGGGAACUGUUCCGAUGUCUGGAUACGCCACUGGGAAUUAAUUUGAUGUAUGGACUUCCAGGCUCUCAAGUAAAGUGGAUCUGAACUCUGCUUAUAGGUGUAUAUUUGCUCUUUACUUAAGGGUAAAAAAAGAAGGAAAAAAAAAAAAAAGAAAAAAAAAAAAGAAAAAAGAAAAAAAAAACUUUUAUUAAAAGUAUUUUUAUGGUUCCUUUUCCCAAGGACCCUAUGGCAAAUGCACAAGUACUCGAUUACAUUUUACCGUUUUCACAUUGAAAACCGGGAAUGUCCGCAUUAGUUUUUAUAUCUGUGUAUGUAAUCAGCUAAUCGCUUUGGGAAAGUAACGGGAGUGCGGGUGGUGAGCGGCAUUGCAGGGGCAGCUCUGCGACUGCUCAGCACUUGUACUCGCUCUUCAUGCUUCACCACCACCUCUGCUUCGUACCUUUUUACAAGGAAAAAAAAGAAAAGAAAACAAAACAACAAACACCCCCCCAGUAGCUCUCCUCUGACUUUGAAAUGUUUCAAGUGAUAUAACUUAAGGCUUGUGUGCCAAAGUGUGUGUGUGUAUGCGCGUGUGGGUUUGUUGUUUGUUUUUUUUUUUAAAGAUAUUUUAAAAGUUGGCCUUGGUUGUAUAUUUAAUGUGACAGUCCCACCUGUGGGGCUUUCGGGAGAGUUUAGUUUGUGGUUUUUUGGCUGUUUUAAAAGCAACCCCCUCCAAGCAGGCAUGUGUUGCGAUGUUGAGGACAGGUUUGAGCCUGGGAGAGGAAAGUGAAGCCUCCGCGUGUCUGGCGCCAAGGUGGUUCGGGUUUUCUUCUUUUUAACUCAAUUUCUUCCCUUCGGCAGCACGUCUGUCUGGUUUACUGCAGCAGCUGAAGCCUUAAUGAGAAUAUUCAGGUCUCAAUGAGCCCAUUUUCUAUAUUCCAAGUCGGGAUCUUGCGUGAUGGAGACGCGGCCGGGCUGGCCUGAGGAGAUGAUGCGGAAAGCACCCGCCUCACACGUGCCCUUCGCCGCGGAUCCUUCCUUUUCUCCAGCACAAACAGAGAGAGACCUGCUCACAGGAGAACGGGGGCAGAGCUGGCAGGACCCGCCCCGUGUCGGAGGAAGCCUGUGCCAUUGUCUUGGCCGUGAUUUGUAGAGGAGUGGGAGAGCAAUUAGAGGUGUGGGGGUAGAGGAGCUGCGAGCAGAGCAUUUGGAAACUGAAUUCCCAUUUUAUUCUUCUCGUCUUGGAGAAACUCGUCCCCUUUGGUGAUGGGGAGUGGGGCUUCCUCACGGCUGGUGCUGGGACUCAUCCUGGAUUUAGAGGUGAAAGUCGGUGGUGCUGCUCUGCUGUGACCACGCGUGGGGGUGAAGCACCUCCCAGGUGCUGUGUGGACUCGGGUGCCCCCCGCCGUCAGCUGUUCACAGCCCCCCACAGCCGUCUGGGUGCGAUUUCAGUGGCAAUGCCAGUUUGCUGCCCUCCCCAGGACUAGACACUUGAGUUUCUGACGUGGUUUAGUUGAAUUAACACUGUGGUUGUUGGUGGGCGCUGGGUUAGGAAGGGUCUUGGGGUGGUUUAAUACAUAGAACUACCCUCUGAAGUUUUUCUCUGAGAUGUGAUAUGUUGCGAGAAGGGUGAGGAAGGAGCGUCCUGCUCUCUGCCUGUCACCUUCCCACCAUCCUGAAGCCAAUUUCGGCUGAAAUCCAAAACCACCCCGUGGGACACAUGUGGUGGGUGCAGAGCAGGUCCUGAGCUGAGAGGUUUGCAGGGACUGUCGGUGUUGAGAUCUUCCUUUCUUUAAAGCCUUCGUUUUGGUUUUCUUUUUCUUUGACUCAUUUGAUAAGCUGAGGAGCCAUGUUAUGUAUGUCGUGGUGUGUUGAGAGAACAGGGCAGGAUUUGGGGUGCGGAGGUAAGAAAUGGGGGAUUUGGUCUUGGAAGAAGUUGCGAUGUCUCUUUUUAACCAUGGUGGCUGCACAGGGGCAGGGGGAGCCGGGGCCGAGGGGAUGUUUUGCCGAGUGAUCAACGUCCAAAUUAAAGAUGAAAUGUAUUUCA